UUACUCAUUCCAUAACGAGAGCUUCAACUAAAAGCACAAGCAUUUUUUAAAUUUUUUUCCCUCCAAAUUAUCGAAACAACGAUUUUUGUCUUCUCCUUUUCUCAAGUUAUUGUUGUCUCAGUUGUUUAAAACAAAUUUACUUCGUAAGUGCCAAAAUACAAACACACAGCAACAUCAACCGAAUUUUAAAUGUGAAAUGAAACAAAAACUAUAUUGAAGAUCAAUAAUCAAGCGCAUUUUGUGUAUUGUUUUUAAAAAGAAAAAGCAUAAACGUGAUAAACUGUUGCUUUUUUUUGCAACAAAAACCGGAACUAAAUUUUAUUUGAACACAAAAGAACAUACAAAACACGAAACGAACCUUUCUCGUGUUGAACACAAAGUAAUAGCAGUAAACACAGAACACAAGAGAUCAUUAAAGAGAGUGUGCGCGUGAGUGAAACGUUUAAACUGAUCUGAUCGAAAUUUUAAGUAGCAAAACAGCAAACCUCAAAGAGAAAUUCAUAAAACAAAAAAGUAACGAAAAAAAAUAUAUAAUAAUAAUAACAAGUAAACAUCAAUCGACUUUGUAAUUGUUGAAUACGAGAAAGAAACACCGAUUUUUCUCUCUCUUGAAACUAUAAUAACGUGCCGUAUUUUAAAUAUCAGUGGGACAUAUAAGAAAGUCGACGAUUUCGAAUUUUUGUCAUUUUAAACCCGCUUCAUUCUCUGGUUUGAAAAUCGUAAAAAGUGAGAGAUUUUUCAAUUGAGAAUCAUUAUUUUCGUAUUUGUUGAUUUUUUUUUAUACGAGAAAAGUAACGAACAUACAAUCAAGAAUGGCAAAAUUAUUUUACACAAUUGUUGUAUUGACAACAUUGUUGUCAAUGUGUUCCGGCUCCGCCAUUCCGAUGUGGGAAUUCUUUGGACGUAACGAAAAGAUGUCAUAUUUAUAUUCGAUGUUUGCAAAAGAAGUGAGCAAAUAUUGUAAAUCGAAUGCCGACACAGUUGUUCCAAAAUGUAAACACGAUUUAUUGUCAUAUGGCGUUGCCAAAUUGGAGCAAAUGAACGAAUCACAUUUGGAUGCCAUGGAUCCAUAUCAACGCAGUGCCAACGACAUAAUUUGGGACUCGAUUAUGGACGGACAUCCAAUGAUGCAAGGUAAAAAGGAGCAAACAACAAAGGCUCCGAUUCGUCAGCCAACCGGUCUCUUUGAACGGAAUCCAUUGUUUGAUGGCAUGGAUGAUGACGACGAUGUGGUCGCUGUUGAGCAAAAGAAGCCAAAAAACGACGAAAAAAUGAUCAAUAAUAAACCAAACGAUAAAGUUGAGUAUAGCAUGGAUAUGGAUAUGUCGUAUGGACAAGGUUAUGAAGAUCCCGGAAAUCAUUUGCCAUUUGCUACAAAUAUCAAUUAUCAAUAUGAUUUACCAGCGGUGAAUGCACCAUCCAACUAUUUGAUUGGUCCAAUGAUUGUUCGCGUUAAACCCGACGGUACACCGGUCGAUGAAGAUAAAACAAAACCACUUCCAAUCGAUGAUGAUCGUGAAGCAAUGACCAUUGGCACGGGAUAUUUUCCAUCAAAAUUAUCAUCAAAAUUACCAUCAACACAUCUUGAAGCGCCAGCCGCACCAAAUGCACAAAUCUCAAGUGCACGCAUCCAACCAGACACAUCGGUCUACACAAAUUAUCGGACGAUCGCAAGACGAACGCCCAAAACACAACAUUAAAACACCAUUACAGUUCAAAGAAACAAAAAUAAUAACUAAACAACAAAAAAAUAACUUGAUGAUGAUCAACAUUUACUUAUACUAAACAAACAACGCACAAAAUCCCAACAAAGAUGAUAAUUUUAUACACAUAAACACACAUACACACAACACACACACAUUUUAGUUAAAUACUUAACAUUAUUAUACUAUUUUUGUAAACAUAAUUUAUUUAAUUUAUAUAUGAAACACCAUAAAAAAGAAAAUGAGAAAAAAAAACAUGCAAAACGAAAACAAUGUGAAUAAUGCAAGAAAAUUCAAGAAGAACGGUCGUCAUUGGUCAUUCUUAAGAAGUCAAACGACUUCUUCGAAGUAAAAUCACUUUUCAAAUUUUGAAAAAGGCGCUCUUUGACAAUCACUUUUCUGAUUGAAAUUUCAGAAUUUUCCAUAUCACUUUUUUUUCGUUUUGACAACCAAAAAAAAAACACGACGACGACAAUGAAUGCUUUAAAAUGACAAUGUUGCCAAUUGACAACAUGCCAUUCUUUUUAUAUUUUGUUAUUUUUCGAAAUCAAUUUUAUGGAUAACGUCGUGAUCGGGGUCGACGUUUUAAUUUUUUCAAAACGCAAUCAAACAAACAAACAAAUAUUGCAUUCGAAAUAGAAAACGUCGUCUUCGUAUUUAGCGACAAAAUUAAAACGUGCGUCUUGAGAAUUGAGCAAAAAUUGUCAUUCAAAUUAAUGUGUCUUGUAGUACCAAGAAUGAAUUUAAAAGAAAAACACACACUCACACAUUUACACAUCAUAACUGCAUCAAAAUUUUCGCAUAACAAAAACACAACAAUCUUUUGUUUCGACCGAUUUUUUUUUCUUUUUAAUUCAUAAUUUUCUUUAUCUCAUUCAUUUGUAAAUAGUCAGCGCACAUUUAUGUAUUUGUUUUUCUUUGUCGUGUAAUUUGUAGGGUAUUUUUUUGUUUAACUACAAAAUGAACGAAGAAAAAAACCGUCAAUGUGGCGCAGUCAAACCGAAAAUAAAUGUUGAAUCACAAUUUAGCAAAUAGAAAUGCAUGUAUCGCAUUUCAAUGGCAAAUGUAUGUGUAUGUGUGUUGUGAUUUAAACAGUUGCUUUCGGAUGACGACCAAUUGGCAAACAUUGCAAAGAAAAUAUAUGUAUUUUGAUUGUGUGUAUCUUUUGUGAUAUUGAAAGGUACUUUAAAUGUAUUCCAAAUGUUUGGAAAUAAAAAUUCGAAGAUUAACUCCUUUUA